AGUUUGUGUGAAUUAUAUAAUUUGCACACUUUAGAUAUUACUGAGAGUAUGGUAACUGAAUUACCUAGUGGGAUAGAAAAAUUAGUAAAUUUGAGGCGUUUAAAAAAUGAGACAUGGUCGUUGUUUUACAUACCAAAAGGGAUUGAGAAAUUAACAGGUCUCCAAACAUUAUCAGAAUUCAUUAUAAGCGGUGGUGGUGAUUAUGAAAGCAGAGCAUGUAGUCUUGAAGGAAUUAAAAAUUUGAAUAAUCUUGAAGGGGGCCUUCAAAUAAGAGGGUUGGGAAAUGUGACAAAUAUGAGUGAUGGUAAAAUGAAAGAAGUACUCAAGAAUAAGAAAUACCUUACCGGUUUGUCUCUGCAAUUCGAUAAGGGAAUGGAAACACCUCGUAGGGGUAGCGUCACCUGGAAAAUUGCUGAAGAAGGGGAAUCGUGUGAGGAUUAUGAAGUAGUCCUUGAAGCUAUACAACCACCUGCAGAAUUAGAGGGGUUGUCGAUUGAAUACUACGCAGGCAGAACUUUCCCCUCCACUUGGAAGACGUCAUUAACCAAGUUGAAGAGUUUAUGUAUUAUGUCUUGCCCAAACUGUAAGAAUUUGCAUCCUUUGGGAGAAUUGUCAUCCCUUGAAGAACUAACUUUAGGUUGGAUGAAAAAUGUGAAAAAAAUGGAUAAUGAAUUUUGGGGGAUUGAAAGUGGAACCUCUUCAUCAUCUUCAUCCUCUGGUUUCUUCCCCAAAUUGAAACAACUCAGAUUUUACGUACUAGAAGAAUGGGAAGAGUGGACUUACGAGAAUACAAAGAAGGGAGAAGAAGAAGAACAUAUUAGAUUCAUGCCAUGUCUUGCUACCUUGGAAAUCACAUCCUGUGAUAGAUUAAAGGCACUGCCAGACAGCCUUCUGCAGAGGACAACACUCGAGACAUUGGAGAUUUGUGCAUGUCCUAUUCUAAAUGAACGAUACAAAGAAGGAACAGGAGAAGACUGGUCCAAGAUCUCUCACACCCCUACCAUUGUAAAUUGGUUAUGAAUGGGUCAAAGGGAAGCAAUGAACAUCAACCCACUAGCCACAGGCUUGGAAAAAUACCUCGAUUACUAUAUAAAUAAAUGAAGUUGCGCAAAACCAGGAGGGCAGCCGGAAAACCCUCACCUUUCGCCGAAUUCCGACCAUUUUCGGCCACCUUUGACCUCCCCUUGUGCCGGUUCAUCUUCCACCAUCAUCUCCAUCGUAGAUAUAACGGAAUCCGGCGACGUUUGGGCUCCCUUCCUGCGACCUUUCAUCUUCCAGCGAAGGUUUGGCUUACAUAUCGUGACUCUUCGGCUUCCAGGCCAGUUAUCGGUCCCUUUCCUGUGACGUUGCACCUCCCCAGCUACUGCUCCUCGCUCCCCAGCUCGAUAGCUAUUGCCCGGUACCUUCGGAUAAACGUUUCGCCACCGGCCGCCGGGAACCCCACUGGAAGCCUCCCUUGGCUACAAACCACCUUCUUCAACUGCCGGUGAUUCGUUUUCCACCAUGACCAGCACCAUUUCACAGUCUCCAGCCACCGUCGACACCACCAUGAGCGGCUGAGCUCCCGGUUGCCCCUUACAGUGUAGGCCAGACCAAGUUAAAUGCGCUACCAGGUGGCCUUUUCCAGAAGACAAAACUCGAUAUAUCAGUGAUAAUUCUUAAAUGUCCCUGAAGCACAUCAAACUGAUGGUCGAACUCGUACCCACAAGGAAGCCCAAAUUGAAUUAUCAAUUUGACAGCAGCUACCAGCAGCCCACAACCUACAGGGUUCGAUUUUUUUCACCGGGGCAAAGGAACUUAUAAAAAUGGCUAUAAUGCAUUGUGGUCUACAAGAUAGAGAAUAGCAUAAUGCGAUCAGCUAGAGAAGAGAAGAGGAUUUGCAGUGAUGUUUUCAUUUCUAUUAUCUGACAGAGAAUAGCAGAAUGUGACCAACAGGAGAAGAGAGGAGGACUUGCUAUAACAUCUUUCAUUUCUGUUACCUCUGUGAGCUCUGUUUUUGAUUUUCUGCAUAAGGUCUCUGUUUUAUCUUGAUUCUGUCCUUUAGAAGUUUUGUAAUCAUUACAAAAUAACAACCUUUGUUUUCUAUCAGGUCGAACAAUUAAGGUUGGAAAAUAUUUUCAGCCCAUGCAAAAGCAGUUACAUCCGAGAAGUUUUCCCUUAAUGAACUUUACGCUUUGAAUGUUGGAUCGCUUAUGCAGCAUGUUAGGGGGCUUCUUCAUUUUGCUUUGAAUUGCCUCUGUGAGAUCCUUUUAUACUCAUUUGGGUUUCUUAUGCUUAUAUGGAUACUUGAAAGGGCUUUUUAUUUCUUAUUAAAAAAACUUAACAUCCAUGUUUUAGUUUUGAUGCAGUGACCAAGUUUAAUGUAUCCUAAAUAUUUUUGAACAAAUCAAAAGACUAUAAGCAGAGAUAUGACAGGAGCUCUUAUCAUACUGGAGAAGAUUGACAGAGGCAAUUAGCCUCGAAGUAUAUAGCAUAACAUCUCCUUACUUCUUAAAGGGGAGGGUGAUUAUGGGACCAACCACAGGAGGAAGGAGUCAUUCUAAAUGACUUUACUCAGAAAUGGAGAAUUAUCACUUGAAGUUGCUAGAAAGGAACAAUAUUGUGUUUCUGCCCCAAAGAUCAAAUUGAUUAGUUAUGCUUGUUGAUUUGCUACUAAGGCUAUCUAUGCUGAUAAUAUAAUACUCUAUUACUGAUCAGCAGAGAAAAUACUCAAGAACUCAAUGUCUAGGUUUCACAUUUGCUUGGUGGGCUUCCUCAAAUUUACAUUUGCAUUUCCUUCAUGCUUUUUAUCUUUCUUGAAAAUAAAUUGCUACUGACGAUAGACACUAUCUUAUGAGCAUAUAUCAUUUUUUUCACCAAUGUUGCUGAAAAGAACUUGUGAUUAGGGAAUGGAUUUAUGCUUCACAUACAGAAUAUCUUUAAUCCUAUAUAAUAGUUUCUAUUUCGUGUCACAGUGUGGUUUUAGUAGUAAGUGGUCAUCCAAUGAUGCAUUUUGGCGACAAGUCCAGCAUCAUGGUAGGCAUGAGUAUGCCAGACAGCGAAAUCUAAUCAAAGAAACUUACGCAAGUUUAUCUUCAUGGAUUGAAACUCCGAAUGCAAUUUGUAAUUGUAUUGCAGAGCUUGGUCUUGGUCAACCCUGAAAAUCAAUCUUGUUAUCUCCAAGAAUAUCCUGUGAUACAACCUGCACAAUGGAUAAAAUCCAUUUUUAUUUUCUCUUCUAGGAGAAUUCGGACACAACUCUAAUGUGUUCUGAACAGUUGCCGCAUCAACAAAAAACAUUCACCAGCUCCGUCAUUAAUUUGUUCCAUCAAACAAGAUGCCCAUGUCCGCAGGCUAUGGAAUGUGCACAUUCAUCUUCAGGGUUAACCAUGGAAGAGCAGAAUUUCAACCUUUGGCUUUCCCUUGAUGACAAGCUUUCAUUCAUGCAAUGGAAUUUGGAGCUUCUUGUGUUCCAAUCAUGUCAGGAUACAACUCAACCAUAUCCUUCACCAUUUGAAGUGAGAUUAAUCAAUUUACCAGUCAUGCUAACAAGACUACUACGAAGAAAUUCUGGGGAAAAGUUACCUGAAAGUUUGUGUGUUGCACACUUUAGAUAUUAGUGUGAAUGCUACAGGAAUUACCUCAGGACUGGAAAAAUGAGUUAAUUUGAGGCAUUUAUUAAAUGCCUCUGUAUCACUAACUUACAUUCCAAAAGAGAUUCAGAAAUUAAGUGUUUCUUGCCCUACAAUUGACGAGAGAAGAAGAAGUCAAUCUAAAUGAUUAGGAAAAGGAAUCAAAUUAAUUGAUGUGCUGCAAAAGCUGAUUAUGUGUGUAAUCUAAAUAUCUGUUACUGAUCAAGAGAGGAAAUAUAUAU